UUGUGUUGCUGACGUUGAUUGAAUGGCUCUCACUGGACCCGCAGGUUGUCGCUCAGCUUUAGAGGGUGGGGAGAGACAAAAGCGACCGUGCUGUAUAGCUGAGCAUCGCAUUGUGCAGGUCUGCAGGGGCGACCCGUUGACUGGCCCAUACGCACUGCUAUGGAGUGGCUUUGGAUCGCCGUGGCAACAUGUAUGCUCGCUUCCUGCUCUGUCAAAGGCAACGACUGGUGGUGGGAGUAUGAGGAGGGGAUACGACACUACAGCAAAGAGGCCCUCAACAAGGAGUUUCCAGAGAAAACUCGACCGGUGAGCUUCAAACAUCCCGUGUUCCAGUGCCCCGACAUGAGUCCUUCUCCCUCAAUCCCUUCCUCAGUGGAAUUUGUGAAGGCGGCAGAUAUCAAAGUCAUCGCUGCCUUGGGGGAUUCACUGACAACGGCCAUCGGCGCCAACGCCACCACUGUCCUCGGGAUUCCUAUUGAGUUUCGCCACGUGUCGUGGAGCAUCGGAGGCUACGGCUCAUUUCAGUAUGUCAUUACUUUGGCAAACAUCAUCAAGUUGUUCAAUCCCAAUCUGCUCGGUGCUGCUCCCGGCAAGACGGUUCAUGGGAUGCAGGCUCACAUCAGUGAAACAGGCUUCAACCUUGCUGUGACUGGACACAACACAUUCAACCUCCCCGGCCAGACGAGACAUUUGAUCGACACGAUGAGAGGUUAUGAGGGUCUGAACUUCGAGGAGGACUGGAAGCUUUUGACCAUUCUCAUGGGCAUGAAUGACAUCUGCGAUUACUGCAAAGACAAGGCUCUAUUUUCAGUGGAUAACUUCAUUCACUAUAUCACCGUGUCCUUGGAAAUGCUUAUGAAUGAGGUUCCUCGUAUGAUCGUUAAUGUCGUUCAGAUCCUGCCCAUGCAGACUCUGAGAGAGGUGCAGAAGCCCACCCCGGGGUGCCGGCUCCAAAGGUCUUUCUGCUCGUGCCUGAUAGAGCCAGUAGCCAAGUCUCCUGAGCUUCAGGAGCUGGUAGAAAUCAAUCUGGAGUUCCAGAAAAGACUCGAGACGCUGCUGUACAGCAAACGUUUCUUCAGGGACGACUUCGCCGUUGUUCUUCAGCCCUUUCUGAAACACGCUGACCCUCCACGCCUCCCGAAUGGGAAGAUCGAUAUGACCUUCUUCACUCACGACUGCUUCCACUUCACCAUAAAGGGGCACGAGGAGCUGGCCAAGGGACUGUGGAACAACAUGUUUCAGCCGGAGGGGGGAAAGACGAUUGUGAGCAGCUUCUCUGACCCCAUCAGUCUCAUCUGUCCACCCAUGGAACACCCGUUUAUCUUCACCCGACCGAUAGCAGCAAAAUCAGGUCAGCCUCCACUGCAGUCUGACGCUCUGUCACAGGCAGCCGUCUUCCUGCUGCUCCUGCUCCUCGUGGGUUUGGUUUGACUGGGACUCAUCUAGCAUUCACUUUGCUGGACUAUUUUACAAAGCACCACUGCUACAUUGGUUACUGUUGAGGUGAUACAGCGCCUCAAAGGAGAGUCUGUGAGCCACUCUUUGAAACUUUGCAUGUCUUUGGCCUCAAAUAGCAGCAUACAGGUAAUUACUGCCGGACUGUAAGAUAAUGUGACUGUAAAUCCUGCAACCUAAAUAUUUCAUCUUGAGAAGCAGGUGGAGGUGGUUGUUGCUGAGAAGCUUUCUCGGUAACACUUUACAGGUCAGCAAAUUUCAUGGUAUUUAGGUGAUAAUUAGCAAGUAACCUAUUUGAAAUUUCUUUGGAAUUACUGCCAAAUUAGCCCAAUAUUUACCUCAAAAUUGAUCAAAAAUUACUUUAU